UGUAUUUAAUGCACGAGGGCGUUUCAACGGUUUUCCGUUUAAAAAAAAAAAAAAGAGAGAAAGAAAAAAAUAGAUAAAAAAAAGAAUUAAAUUCUAUAUAAACAAUGAGACUUUUUAUGUUGGUAUAAAAUAUAACUGACGUUUAAAUUCUUCGAUUUGUCACGAGGUAUGGAAUUUCUUUCUGUAAGAAAAAAUAGAAAUCGAAAGAAGAAACGUAAUGUGAAAAAGCGACGACGCGAACGUAUCAAAUUGGAGGUUAAAUCGAUCAAAAAGCAACGGUUGUUAAAAGAAUUGGCUAAUGUAUCUAUUUCCGAAGAAAAAAUAAUAACUGAGACGAUGCAAGCCGAUGCAUUUUGGAAAAAUUAUGCGGCUGCUCAAGAGUGGCAAAAAAGGCACAGCGUAAUAUGGUGGAGAUCACGUUGUUUAGCUUUGGAACACGAGAAUGAAAUAUUACGAAAUAAAAUUAGAUCUUUAAUUGGACAAAAUAAUCAACAGACUGACAAUAGAAAGACUUAUAAGCAACAACAGAAUAGUCAUAAGAAAGAUAAUAAUUUUCAAGAUAAUGAAAAAAGGAAGGAGCCUAAAGAUGAUCAGGAUUUGGAAUUUCAUGUGGAUGAGGAUAUGAUGACCUUCUUAGAACAAAGUUUACGUCAUAAAAUGGAGUUGAAACAAAAACGUGAACAGGAAUUAGCUGCUAGCAAAAAAAAGGGUAUAGUUUCUAUGGAAGGAGGAGCAGCUUGGGCUCGUACUAGAAGUAAAGAAGCAAAAUUAUUGUAUGGCGAUGCAAGUCCCACGAUAUUGGCUAUGGAAACUGCUUUACGGGCAACAAUAGAAAGACACAAAGAUAAAUCAAAACCUCAAUAUUGGCCAAAUAUACCAUUAAGGCUAUAAAUUAUUUU